AAAUUCGCUGUGCGCCCUCUAAGAGCACAUUUGUUCUUGGUUUCGUGAGCGGAAAGGUUGAAGAAGGCUCAAGAAUGUCCGGACGAGGAAAAGGCGGAAAGGGAUUAGGGAAAGGAGGCGCUAAGCGCCAUCGCAAAGUCUUGCGAGAUAAUAUCCAAGGCAUUACUAAGCCCGCUAUCCGCCGUUUGGCUCGUCGUGGUGGAGUAAAGCGUAUUUCUGGUUUGAUCUACGAGGAAACUCGGGGGGUGCUGAAGGUGUUUCUAGAAAAUGUUAUCCGCGAUGCUGUGACUUACACCGAGCACGCCAAGAGGAAGACGGUGACUGCCAUGGAUGUGGUGUAUGCCUUGAAACGCCAAGGCCGUACCCUGUACGGAUUUGGUGGUUAAGCAUUGCGAGCUUUUCAAAACAAAACAAAAGGCCCUUUUAAG